CUAUCAUUGCAAGAGUUUCAUCCAACACAGAACACUUCUCCUCAGAGCUCUCCCUCCCUCCUGUAGGGGCCAAGGGUUAGAGAGGAAGAGAAGUGCCAAAUAGCCUGUGUUGGAACUUUCGAAAUUCUUGCCACCAUCUCACACCUAUUUUUUUAUCACAAAUGGCUGGGUUUUCUCUUCAGCAUCCCUGGGCAUUCACCUUCGGCCUCCUAGGCAACAUCAUCUCCUUCAUGACCUUCCUGGCCCCAAUCCCGACGUUCUACCGCAUCUACAAGAGCAAGUCGACGGAGGGUUUCCAGUCGGUUCCCUACGUGGUGGCUCUGUUCAGUGCGAUGCUGUGGAUCUUCUAUGCGCUGAUCAAAACCAACGAGAUCCUGCUCAUCACCAUCAACGUCGCCGGCUUCGUCAUCGAGAGCAUCUACGUCAUCUUGUACUUCGUCUACGCGGACAAGAAAGCCAGGUGGUUCACUGCCAAGAUCAUGCUUGGCCUCAACGUCGGCUUCUUCGGAGCUAUCCUACUCUUUACCCUCCUCGUCUUCAAGGGUGACAAGCGAAUCGUCACCCUGGGCUGGAUCUGCGUCGGCUUCUCCGUCGGCGUCUUCGUCGCGCCACUCAGCAUCAUCAGGCGCGUGAUCAAGACGAGGAGCGUGGAGUACAUGCCAUUCUCCCUCUCCCUCUCGCUCACUCUCAGCGCCGUCGUCUGGUUCCUCUACGGCCUCCUCAUCAAGGACAAAUAUGUCGCGCUUCCAAACGUCCUUGGGUUCGCCUUCGGAAUCGUCCAGAUGGGGCUGUACAUGUUCUACAUGAACAAGACGCCUUUGGUCCCCGAGGGUAAGGUGGCCGCCGGGAAGCUGCCGGCGGCAGGAGAGGAGCACGUCGUCAACGUGCACCCUGCCACAGAGAUGGCAGUGCCCAGGAGCUGCAAGGUCGAGGCGAUGAGCCAUCACAGCCCAGCCGUCAACAUGGUCUAGACGCGCCCAUGCAUCCGUCGAGUUGAAUCCAAGCACAUAAGCUGCUAACUAGACCCUGUUACCUCACAAGCCAUAUGGCGCACCUUAUAGCCUUUUAUUAUCCUCCAAAAAUUACAGCUAUAGCAAGAUACUUUCAUGCAACCAGGAAUUUCGUUCGCCUCGAUCAAUGAAUAAUCCAUAAGAAUUUUAUCAGAAGUGUUAGAAGAUGUGUAUGUGCUGUAUGUGCUGUGCCAUGGGCCCUGGCUGUGCACCAAGCCUAGGCUAGCUCCCUGCCGUACCCUAGAUGGAUUAGGAUGGGUGUGUUGUAUGUGCUGUGCGUGUACAUGAGCCCUGGCUGUGCGCCAGGUCCAGGCUAGCUCCCUGCCGUACCCUAGAUGGAUUAGGAUGGGUAGUCUUAUCCCUUGGUCGGUUGUAUUUCUAUAAACCUCACCAAGGGUUGCCUAUAUAUUUGUACAUGUUGUAUACCCUAAUCAAUCUAUUUUCCACGCAAUCCCUAUUGCUUUCAUGA